AUGCGUUUCUCCACCGUCGCCAUUGCUUCCGCCGUUGUCGCCGUCGCCUCUGCUCAGGCCCUCGACCCCAACUACCCCUUCCAGCCUAACGGUGCUUGCGUCGAUGGUUGCUUGACCAAGGUCGGCAAGUCCAUGUUCGCCGGGUUCACCAACGACCCCACCAGCCCCGACUUCAUGGCUUCCCUCGCCUUUGCCCACGAGCGUGACACCCCCGCCUACAAGACCUACAUGUCCCAGACCGGCAUGUGCAUCAUGAACUGCCCCAUGUCCGAGCAGGACCUUUACAACGCCCAGUACAAGGCCAAGGCUGCCUGGUACGCCGAUAAGAAGGCUGGCGGCACCGGCACCUCCGGCAAUGCCACCGCCCCCACGACCGCCCCCACUACCACCCCCACGACCACCCCCUCCGGCGCUGUUGCCAACUCUGCCUCUGCCCUCGUCGGUGUUGUUGCUGUCUUGUGCACCAUUGCCCUCCUUUAA